UUUAAAGUCUGCAGCACGGUCUUGGAUUGUUAGUUCUUGAACGGUUAUUCAGCUUUGCUAACAUUUUUAAAGAGCUUGGAAGGAUUUUAAAUAUAGGCCUGUUUGUGAUUACUGUCCUUCUUCUAGAAUCGAGCCAUAAUGAGUGUGCCGGCUCCCGGUCAGUUUAGCGAUGCAGAGGAGGAUGAUCCAGUUUGUGAUGAGCUGCAGAUUAAUGAGUCGCUGAAACAUCUAACCCUCAAACAUCAAAUUUUCACUGGCUUGAAAGACACUUCUGAUAACGAGCAGGAGGAUUAUUCCAAUGACGAAGCCGAUGAGGACGAGUACGUCCCCGAUGAUGAGAAUACAUAUGAUGAUUACGAUGAAGGCUACGCUGGUUACCAGAAACACAACCAAACGCAAGUUGGUCACUCUGGUAAUUUGCAUCCAAACGCUCAAAAGUCCAGUAAUAAAGUAUCCAGCUAUCAGCCAAGCGAUAAACUGUUUAAAAAGUACACAAACCGUAUAAACGUAGAAAAAUACGAUCCUCAGAAGAACAUGUCAGAUCAGGCAGCAAACCGCUUGGUUACGUUUAAUCGACGCCAGGAAGCAGAAAGGGUUCGAGUACGUGACAAGCAUGAUCGUGCUACCGCCGAACAAGUUAUGGAUCCGAGGACUAGAAUGAUUCUUUUCAAAUUGUUGAACCGUGGAUUCAUUAAUGAGAUCAAUGGUUGCAUAUCAACUGGGAAGGAAGCGAAUGUGUACCAUGCAACGGGAAAAGAUGACGAGGAAUAUGCUGUGAAGAUUUAUAAGACGUCGAUUUUGGUUUUCAAAGAUCGUGAUAAGUAUGUUUCUGGCGAAUUUCGAUUUCGCCAUGGAUAUUGUCGUCACAAUCCUAGGAAGAUGGUGAGAACUUGGGCUGAGAAGGAAAUGAGGAAUUUAGUGAGACUGAAGAAUGCAGGAAUUCCAGUUCCAGACCCAAUACUCCUUCGUAGUCAUGUACUUCUCAUGAGUUUCUGUGGUAAAAAUGGUUGGCCUGCAUCUAAACUAAAAGAUGUGGAAUUAACCACAUCGAAAGCUCGCGAAUUAUAUCGCGAUUGCGUCGUAAUUAUGUGGAAAAUGUACAACAAAUCUAAAUUAGUGCAUGCAGAUCUGUCUGAGUUUAAUAUACUUCUACAUGAAGGCCAAUUGGUGAUCAUCGAUGUGAGUCAAUCAGUUGAACAUGAUCAUCCUCACGCCUUUGAGUUCUUACGAAAAGAUUGUACAAAUAUAUCUGAGUUCUUCCGUAAAAAUGGUGUCGCCACUAUGACAGUAAAGGAAUUGUUUGACUUCAUCACUGAUCCAACUGUUACAGAAGAAAACAUGGAUGAAUAUCUGGAAACAAUUGCUGAAAAGAUAAAAGAUAGAGAUCUAGAUGCUUUGACGGCACAGGAAAAAAUAGACGAAGAAGUGUUCAAGCAGUCAUACAUACCGAAGCGAUUAGAUGAGGUUGUGCAUUUUGAACGUGAUAUAAAAAAAGCACAAACUGGACUCGGCGAGGAAUUAGUAUAUAAAAAAGUUGCGGGCUUAAAUGCAGACUUACAAGUUCAAGUAAAACCAGAUUUACUCGGUCAGAAACAGAAUGAAGAUGGCAAUGAAGAGAGUGGGGGUGAAUCAGAUAGCAGCGAAGGCAGUGAGGACGACGAUGAUGAUGAUUCUGAAGACGAGGCAUCGGGUAAGUUUAAAAACUCAGCACGACCAAGAGAUGAAUCACCGGAGAGUAAGAAAGCGAGAAAGAAAGCUGUUAAAGAUGCUAAAGCCGAAAAGCGUAAAGUCAAAGUGAAAAAACAUGUAAAAAAGCGAAAAGAGAAAAUGAGUGUAAGCGGCAAGAAAAAAUAAGUUAAAUGAGUUAAAAUUAUUACAUAUUUUUUACACACAUUGUAUAUAUAGCGGAAUGGAAUAUAAUGGAAAACAAGAAUCCAAACGGAA